AUGGAUCGUAUCCUCCUCGGGAGUGGCUCCGGGUCGCUCCUUCAGCGUGACUUUGCACGGAGGCAGCCCAUUCUGGUGACGUGCGAGCUCGCGGCGAGGGAAAUCAGAUCUGCAACCAUGGCAGUGACGGAGGUGACGUCAGCAGAGGCGUUCGAAGCAGCGGCCAAGGAAGGGGCGCCAGUGGCGGUGCAUUUUUGGGCGGCAUGGUGCGAGCCGUGCAAGCACAUGGAUGUUGUUUUUGGGCAACUGGCAGCUGAAAACCCCCACGCCAAAUUCCUGAGGGUGGAGGCAGAGGAGGUACCGGAGGUCUCAGAGAAGUACUCAGUAUCGGCCGUGCCCUUCUUCGUCUUCCUCAAGGAUGGCAAGGUGGUGGACAGGCUAGAGGGAGCCAACCCCCCCGAGCUAGCACACAAGGUCGCACUGCACAUCGCUGCACCCUCCUCUGCCACCAACUUCAGUGCGGGCGGCUCUGCUGCUGCUGAAGUCAUCGAAUCCGUUCUCCACUCCGCUCGCACCGCCGCCUACCCUGCUGCUGCUCCUCCUGCUGCCUCUCCUGCUGCUGCGGUUGCUCAGCCGGAGCAACCCUCCCGAAUGAUCGCCCCGCCCGCAGGUUCGGACAAGCCGAAGCUGUCCCCGGACCUGAAGGCUCGGAUCGAGGCUCUCCUGGCCUCCCACCCAGUGCUACUGUUCAUGAAAGGCACCCCCAGCGCCCCCAGAUGCGGAUUCUCCUCUAAGGUUGUAUCUGUGCUGGAAAAGGACUUAGGCUCUGCGGCGGCCGGUGCGUAUGGGUCGUUUGAUAUUCUGCAAGAUGAGGAGGUUCGGCAGGGUUUGAAGGUGUAUAGCGACUGGCCGACUUUCCCGCAGUUGUAUUGCAAGGGGGAGCUGGUUGGGGGGUGUGAUAUUGUGCUGCAGAUGCACGAGAGUGGGGAGUUGAAAGAGGUGUUUGCAGAGAAAGGGGUGCUGGGAGGGGCGGGGAAGGGAGAUGCACCAGGAGCAGUGACGGCAGCAGCAGCAGCAGCGGCGGAUGGGCAGGUUGAUGGGGCGAAGGGGUUGCAAGAGCGGCUGAAGGCACUCCUCUCGUCUUCGCCUACCAUGCUGUUCAUGAAGAUGAUUGAAGGCACUCGUCUCGUCUUCGCCUUCCUCUCAUCCCUUCCUCUCAUCCCUUCCUCUCAUCCCUUCCUCUCAUCCCUUCCUCUCAUCCCUUCCUCUCAUCCCUUCCUCUCAUCCCUUCCUCUCAUCCCGUCCUCUCUGCUGCGUUACCUCUCAGGGAACACCGGAGGAGCCGCGGUGUGGGUUCAGCCGCAAGGUGGUGGAUGCAGUCCAGGCACACCAGAGGAGCCGCGGUGUGGGUUCAGCCGCAAGGUGGUGGAUGCACUCACGUCAGAAGGGAACACCGCAGGAGCCCCGGUGUGGGUUCAGCCGCAAGGUGGUGGAUGCAGUCAAGUCAGACAUGGACUCAUCGCAUGUUUCCCCCCCUCUUCCCCCCUUCUUCCCCCCCUCUUCCCCCCUUCUUCCCCCCCUCUUCCCCCCCUCUUCCCCAUGGCUUGUCCUCACGGCCUUGCCUUGCUUUCCCAGGGCACACCUGAGGAGCCGCGGUGUGGGUUCAGCCGCAAGGUGGUGGAUGCACUUACGUCAGAAGGCAUUUCCUUUGGCAGUUUUGACAUUCUCACGGAUGAAGCAGUGAGGCAGGGGCUGAAGGAGCUCUCCAAUUGGCCCACGUACCCCCAGGUGUACCACAAGGGCGAGCUGAUUGGUGGAUGCGAUAUUGUGUUUGAAAUGAAGGCUAAUGGGGAGCUUAAAGCCGAGCUUGGAGGGUGA